GUUAGAUCCCCAAAUCCAAUCAUCGAUACCAGCAGCCCUAGCUCUUCUUCUAUCCACACAAGCAGAACAACUCCGACGGAAAAGCUUCUCUCAAUCGGUCUUCAUUCUCAGGGAGGAGGCAGUGGCUCCGGUGGUGGUGGUAUUUGCAGAUCUUAGGUGGUCAGUGUUAUUUGGUGUAGACUUGGAAUAUGAGCUCAGGAAGCAGGAGCAGGAGCAGGAGCAGGAGCCGCAGCAGGAGUCCAAUGGAUCGUAAGAUCCGUACUCAACGCUAUUCCUAUCGUGAUGCGCCUUAUAGACGGGAGACAAGGCGGGGAGGAUUCAGUCAAAAUAGUCUCUGCAAGAACUGCAAACGGCCUGGUCACUUCGCGAGGGAUUGCACGAAUGUUGCCAUAUGUCACAACUGUGGUCUUCCUGGGCACAUUGCCUCAGAAUGUACCACAAAAGCUCUCUGUUGGAACUGCCGAGAACCUGGCCAUAUGGCUGGAAACUGUCCAAAUGAGGGGAUCUGCCACACCUGUGGAAAGGCUGGUCACCGUGCUAGAGACUGCUCCGCACCCCCUUUGCCGCCUGGUGACCUGAGGCUCUGCAACAACUGCUUCAAGCAGGGGCAUAUGGCUGCUGAUUGUACAAACGACAAGGCGUGCAAGAAUUGUAGGAAGACAGGCCACCUUGCGCGUGAUUGUCAAAACGAACCGGUUUGCAAUUCAUGUAACAUAUCCGGGCAUGUAGCUAGAGAUUGUCCGAAAUCUAAUGUUCUUGAUGAAAGGGGUGGUGGUCCCCGCUUUGGUCUUGGUGGUGGUCCCAGUGGUGGUGGAUACCGGGACAUUGUAUGCCGAAACUGUCAGCAAGUAGGGCAUAUGAGUAGAGAUUGCAUGGCGUUGAUGAUCUGUCACAACUGCGGUGGGAGAGGACACCUUGCAUAUGAAUGCCCUUCUGGAAGGUUGAUUGACCGCUUCCCUCGAAGAUAUUGAUGAAUGUUACUGUUAUCGGUGUACCACCGCAUGAUGUCACCACAAUAGAUUUGGACCGGAAUUGUCGUCUAGUUUUGAGAAUAAUCUAUGUUCCAAAAAAGCUUAUUGUAUUUGCUUUUGGUUUUGUGUUUGGACUAUACAAUCAUGCUUGUGUUUGUUUGAAUAUGAUUGCAGUGAUGAUGUACUUUUGUGCUCUGCAUGGUUAUCAAACCUGCCAGUUGAUGAAUUAAUUAUGCCAUGAUUGCUAGAAUGUGUUCCCUAUUUAAAAUGUUGAUUUUUGUUUCUGGAGGGCCGAACUUUUAGACAGUUUGUAGAGAUUGCCAAGGUUGCUGUUCAUUGGUAGUUAUGUUAAUCGUUCAUUGUAAUUGAAUCUCUGAAACUGAGGCACAUGUUUUGGUAGUGAAUGCACGUAACCUCCCCGGGGUUUUUUUUUUUUUGGUCUGUUGUUUUGGACAUCACUCUGGAAAAUGUCUUGAGUUCUUAGCGCCAGAGUCAUCAACCCAAUGGAUAAAGGAGAUUCAGAAUUGACUGAAUCACAG